AUGUCGCAAGCACUCGACGCGGUAGACAGGCCCAUUCUCUAUCAGAUCUGUCAAUGGGGCGUGGGCACCGACCUCGGUGUCUGGGCACCCAAAUGGGGCAACUCGUGGCGCAUCUCCAACGACAUCUACAACAGCUGGUCGUCCAUCUGGCGCAUCACGAACCAAGUCGUCCCAUUUUGGAAGCACACCGGUGUUGGCAAGUACGCCGACAUGGAUAUGCUGGUCAUCGGCCUCAACGUCCUCAGCCUUGAAGAAGAGCGCUUCCACUUCACCAUGUGGGCCAUCAACAAAUCGCCCCUGACCAUCGGCGCGCCCAUGUCCGCCACGCUCACGCCGCAGGCAUCCCUGGACAUCCUCGGCAACGAAGAGGCCCUCGCCAUCAACCAGGACGCGCUGGGCGAGCAGGCGCGCCUGGUGCGGCGCUACACGGAAGAAGAGUACGACAUCUGGGCCGGCAACCUGACCGACGACCGCCUCGUCGUCGCCGUCGCCAACUGGCGCAACGCCAGCCAGACCGUCGCCCUCAACCUCAGCAGCCCCGCUCUCGGCAUCGCCGCUGCCGGCGCCGUGCGUGACGUCUGGGGCGCCCGGGAUCUCGGUGCCGCAGAUGGCAGUGAAGAGCUAACGCUAGAACUCGCCGGCCACGAGGCGAAGCUGCUCGUCCUGUCCGACAUCACGCGCACCAACACCGAGCUCGUCGAAGCGCAGUACUAUCCCGUCACCGACGCCGUGGUCGAGGGCGGCACCGCGACGAUCACACAGUGCGGCAGCGGCGCCGACGAGUGUCUCCCCGUCGGCUCCAAGGCGGUGAACUUGUACCCCGGCGCGACCGUCACCUUCUCGAACGUGUCGUCAGGGGCGCUGCUCGCCAUCGACUACAUCAACUACGACGUCGCUCUGCAGUCGGCCUGGUCCACCGGCUCCAACACGCGCAACUUGACCCUCAGCGUCAACGGUGGCGGCCCCAAGCGCUGGGCCUUGCCUAUCAGCGGCGGCGAUUGGUUCGAGACGGGCAGGUUGGAGGUCGAGGUCGAGGGUCUCGAUCAGGGGGAUGGGAAUGUUGUGGUCGUGGGCGCGCCCGGCCCGGAUCCGGCACCGGAUCUGGUUGGGUUGGCUGUGUUGGAGGAGAGGAGUGCUUGA